GGCAUUGCAUCACUCUUCAUAAUGUGCAUAUUCUUUGGAUUCGCUUGCCUGAACGCAACGUUGAUAUGUGUGGCCUGCAGUCAGCUGGAGAAACUCAGAGCGGCCUUACUGGACAUCAGACAGACACAUCUCACAUCACAACAGGAAUGUGGGGCAGAGACCAACAAAAAGGAUGGAGAGGGACAUCCCCUCACCCCUGAGGAACUGUUCGGUCACAUGCAAAAACAACUCAACGACUGCAUUCGGCACCACCAACAGAUAAAACGAUACUUGGAAGCACUGGAAAAUACACUGAACCUUCCGCUGUGGGGAGUAUUUCUGAUUUCCUUAUCAACUAUGUGCACUGUCGCCUUCUCCGUCGUCACGAGCUGGGGAGACCAUACAGAUGUAUCACAGUCUAUGAUAAUAUACUUAAUGGUGGCAGGUACCGUGUAUGAAAUUUGCUGGUUUGGAAGCGAACUGUCAGAACAGGCUGAAAGUGUUAGAGACGCGGCCUGUGGGUGCGACUGGGUGGGGAUCCCGUUCCAGCGCUGUCUGAUCUUCAUCAUCGCCUCAGCCAACAAGGAGUUUACACUCACAGCUGGCAAGUUUGUUCCAGUCUCCAACAAGACCAUGAUGAAUAUGAUGAAUCAGACACUGUCCUUCUUCAUGUUUCUUCUGCAGAUGAAGGACAAAAGUACAGACACCAGUCAGGGAGCAUGACAUUAGAGAUUCUUAACGUAAAGUAGAGCAGUAGUUAUUGUUGUAGUUCUGAUAACCAAUUCAAUAAAACUCAUGUGAUAUAAAUGAA